AUGAGUCACUCCGUUCCCGACCUCGACGCUAUAGGCAUCAAAGCCGAGUACGACCUAGCAGACCAGUUCCGUCGCGAAGUAGCUGCCCUCCUCGGCCGCAACAAUCUCAAUUUUCCCGGCGCACAACCAGUCAGCUUCUCCUCGAAACAUCUGACCGAGCUGCAAAAGGAGGACUACUAUGUGUGCGAGAAGACGGACGGUAUCCGGUGCCUGAUGUACUUUGCGCGCGGGGACCCGGAGUCCGAAAACCCCGAAAUUCACUACUUGAUCGAUCGGAAGAACGAAUAUCGCUUCGUACCGGGGCUGCAUUUCCCUCUGCCCGAUGACGACACGUUCCAAUCGUUCCACGUCGAUACCUUGGUGGACGGCGAGCUGGUCAACGACACCUACCCGGACGGCACGCAGCAGCUUAAGUUCCUUGUCUUCGACUGUCUAGUGCUAGACGGACAGAGCCUGAUGCACCGUACACUCGACAAGCGACUCGCCUAUUUCAAAGUGAAGGUGCUAGAGCCAUACAGGGCGAUGUAUCGCAAGUUCCCUGAAGAAAAGGCGCACCGACCCUUCGUUGUCGAGGACAAGUCAACGCAGUUCAGUUACGGCAUCGAGAUGAUGUUCCGCGAGAUUAUCCCCAAAGUAAAAAAGAUCCACGGAAAUGACGGCCUUAUCUUCACCUGCCGCAGCACGCCCUACCGCAUCGGCACAGACGAACACAUUCUCAAAUGGAAGCCUCCGUCUGAGAACACAGUCGACUUCCGCAUGCGCCUUGAGUUCCCCGUCCUGGAGCCUGACACAGAUGAUGAGGCAGAGGGCAUCUCCGCGCCUUAUCCAGACUACGACGCCAUCCCUAUCUGCCAUUUAUUCGUUAUGCUUAAUGCAGGCGAGUAUCGCCAUUUCGGCGAGAUGCACAUCACCCCGGCAGAAUGGGAGAGUCUCAAAGCUCUGCGAGUCCCGCUCGAUGAUUCCAUCGUUGAAUGUUCCAAAGACGAACAAGGCCACUGGCGCUACCACCGUCUCCGUGAUGACAAAAUGGACGCGAACCACAUCUCUACCGUCGAGAAGGUUCUCGAGAGUAUCGAGGAUCGCGUUACAGAAGAUGACCUUAUCCGCAUUGCUCCCGCUAUCAAAAAUGCCUGGAAGAAGCGCCAGGCUAUGGGAUCCGGCGAGGGCAAGCCGCGCGGUAUGUCGUCAACGAACGGGAACGGUGUCAAGCGGAAAUUUGAGGAGUAA